AUGCGCUACUCAAUCACUGCAGCUUCGCUCUUCUCGACUUCAGCACUCGCUGUCCUGUACCCUGGCCAGAGCGACCUCAACCACACUUGCCAGAUCAGUGAUGCCGCCAACCCCAAUACCGUCGACUCGUGCUGCGCCGAAACAUACGGAGGACUCCUCCUCUCGACCCAAUUCUGGUCUACAUACACUGGCCUCGAGGCCGAAGGUCAAUUGCUGCCUGCCGAUCAGUGGACGCUGCAUGGACUGUGGCCCGACUUCUGCAAUGGCUCGUACACUCAGUACUGCGACUUGAACAGACAGUACGACCCUACACCUUCGCCAAACACUACCAACAGCUUGCCCAAUGGUACUGUCGUUCCACCUUACAAGGGCCCCAACGUUGGCACUUUCCUCGAGGCUUUCGGCAAAUAUGACCUUCUUUCGUGGAUGAAUAAGUACUGGAUCAACCAGGGCGCUCCCAACAGCGACUUCUGGGGACACGAGUUCAGCAAGCACGGAACCUGCUACUCCACCUUCGACGUGCCUUGCUACGGCCCCGAAUACGUCCAGCACCAAGAGGUCGUCCAAUUCUUCGAGACCGCUAUUCUCUACUACCGUCGUCUUCCUACCUGGGGUUGGUUGAAUCACGCCGGCAUCAAGCCUAGCAACAGUACCACAUACUCGAUCGGCCAGUUCCAGGAUACCCUCACCAGAGGUUACGGUGCUUUGCCCUACAUUGGCUGCAGCGGUCCCAAAUACAACGAGACUGCUGCUGGUGCUGGCUCCAUGGACAAUGGCAGAACCCAGAUCUCCGAGGUCUGGUACUACUUCCAUAGCGGCGCUUGGGUCCCUACCAACGCCACUGGCUCUGUCACCAGCUGCGCAAAGGCUGCCAAUGCCCUUCACUACCCUCUCCGUGCUAACGGCUCUACAUGGCAGUGA